AUUAAUUUUGCAUAGUCAGUUCAAAAAAGGGGCAUGCGAAAACAGAGAAACGGUGUAUGUUUUCGUAUGGUUAGGGCAUAAAUUCACACACGCACUCGACAGCCGCUCAUCGUCAGUUCCGUCUCCUUCUCUCUGCUUACGGACCUGCGUACAUCUCUUGUUCGUCAUCGUAGUCUGCUCGUACUACUGCGCCGAGUUUAAGAUACAAUCAAUCACCUAUUUACAAUGGGAGAUAGUGAAACAGUUGUUGCUCAAUCAUCAGCUAUCCAGGAGCAUCCAUCAACUACAGUUAAUGGAGAUUUGGCUGCUUCUACAGGUACCGAUACCAUGGAUGUAGACAAUGCCAUUCGUCACGAGGAUGAUCGAGGUUCUGCUGGAAGAUCAAAGGUUACAGAUGUCAAUUUCAGCAAUGAGGCUCCAUCUUCAACUAUACAAGAUGUUGGUGAGAAUCCUGCAAGUAUUGCCAACACAUCUGUAGAUUCAUCUCAUGUUACUGCUUACCAUUCUUCCGUGAAUGGAAAUGACACCAGUGAUGCAAAAACUUUGGGUAUAAGUGAAAAUGGUGUUGGUUCAUAUGAUGAGCAUAAUUCUGCAUCUGCAAAUCAACCACAUGAUGGUGCCCCUGCCAUUGCUGCGUUGUCUCCUGAAGAAGAACGUUUGUGGAGCAUAGUAAAUACCAAUUCAUUGGACUUCACUGCCUGGACUGCUCUUAUAGAAGAGACUGAAAAAACAGCUGAGGAUAACAUUUUGAAGAUUCGAAAAGUUUAUGAUACCUUUUUAGCCGAAUUUCCCUUGUGUUAUGGUUAUUGGAAGAAGUAUGCUGAUCAUGAGGCACGCCUCGGAUUUUUGGACAAAGUUGUUGAGGUUUAUGAACGAGCAGUUCAUGGGGUAACAUAUUCUGUAGAUAUGUGGUUGCACUAUUGUGUUUUUGCCAUUCACACUUAUGGAGAUCCCGACACAGUACGGAGGCUGUUUGAACGGGGACUAGCUUAUGUUGGAACUGAUUACCUGUCUUUUCCUUUAUGGGAUAAAUACAUUGAAUAUGAGUAUCAACAGCAGCAGUGGUUCAAUCUUGCAAUGAUAUACACACGGAUAUUGGAGCAUCCUAAUCAGCAAUUGGACCGCUAUUAUAACAGCUUGAGGGAAUUAAUAGCAAGUCGCCCUUUAUCUGAACUGAAAACCCCUGAGGAAGUUGCAGCUGCAACAAAUUCUAAAGAGGAAGCAACGAUUGAAGAAAGUGAAGGGGAAGUUCAUCCAGAUACAGUGGAGAAAGAGAAACCUUAUAAACCAGUAAGUGAAGAAGCUGAAGAGGUGGAGUCUUAUAUCGGCAUUAGAGAAGAGCUGUACAAGAAGGCUAAAGAAUUUGAUUCUAAGAUUAUUGAUUUUGAGACUGCUAUCAGAAGACCCUACUUUCAUGUCCGACCACUUAAUGUGACAGAGCUGGAAAACUGGCAUAAUUAUCUUGAUUUUAUGGAAGGAGGAGAUGACUUCAAUAAGCGUUAAGUAAUAUCUCUCUGGCUAAACUCGUUGGAUGAAGCAUCUUUUUAAACUCUACGGAUAUUGAAAGCAUGGAUGGGUCUCCUCCCAUUUGGUUGCUAAUGCUAUAAGGCUAAGUACUUUCUUUCAAAUCCUAAAUUUUGUGAGUCGAGAUUCUGGGUUGUUCAUCAUGGAAUAAACUAUAAAACCAUUUGUUAAAAGUUGCAAUGUUAUGUAUGCAGGUGUGUUGUUACUUAAUCAUUCAUGUCAUGGGUCCCUCGUUUCAUUUUUGAGGGGCCUCCCUGUUCUGUUCUGUUCUGCCAUCGGAGUUUUCAAGUUAUAUGAAAGAUGUCUUAUCGCGUGUGCAAAUUAUCCUGAGUUUUGGAUACGAUACGUUUUGUGUAUGGAAGCCAGUGGGAGUAUGGAUCUUGCUGAAAAUGCACUUGCUCGUGCCACACAGGUGUUUGUAAAGAGGCAACCAGAGAUUCACCUAUUUGCUGCCCGAUAUAGAGAACAUGGUGGGGAUAUUGCGGGUGCUCAUGCAUCUUAUAACCUUGUGCAUACUGAACUUUCUCCUGGUCUUCUAGAAGCAAUUAUCAAGCAUGCCAACAUGGAACAUCGUCUGGGGAAUCCGGAAGAAGCUUGUUCUUUGUAUGAGCAGACAAUUGCAAUUGAGAAAGGAAAAGAACAUUCACAGACCUUGCCACUUUUGCUCGCACAAUAUUCUCGAUUUAUGUACUUGGUUUUGGGAAGGGUGGAAAAAGCAAGGGAGAUUCUAGAUGAAGCCCUUGAGAGCAAUCAGAUUUCGAAACCACUUUUAGAGGGUUUGAUUCACAUGGAGUCGAUUCAAUCACUUCCAAAACAAAUCAACCGCCUAGACUCACUGGUGGAGAAGUUCAUAGCUCCAGGUCCUGAUAAUCCAAAUCCUGCAAGUUAUAUCGAAAGAGAAGAGUUAUCCAGCAUUUUCUUGGAGUUUCUAGAUCUGUUUGGGGACACACAAACCAUAAAAAAGGCGGACAAUAGACACAGCAAGCUUUUUGUACAUCAUAAAAGUGCCACAGAGUCGAAGAAGCGACACAUGGAGGGAUAUUUAGUGUCAGAAAGAGCAAAACUUGCAAAAACGGGUGCUGGUUCACCUGGCACACACAACCAGUGGCCUGCAGGUUAUGGUGUCCAGCCUCAGGCUUGGCCACAAGCUCAAGGACAACAAUGGCCUGCAACAUAUACUCAACAGGCUGCUGCUUAUGGCACAUACAAUGCCUAUGGAAGCGGCUAUGCACAACCCCAACCACAAGCCCCAGCUCCUACAUCUGUACCACAAGCUGCUGCUUAUGCUACUUAUCCCGCUUCAUACCCCGUCCAGCAGGCUGUCCCACAGCAACCAACUGCUGCUGCACCUCAGUCAUACUACGGGACCCCCUACUAUUGAUAUUGACCCAGCAAGACUGUAUUUCUAUCAUAAAAGCAAUGGCAUUUUGGUCCAUUGUUAUCUUGUCUGUAAAAUCAACCUAAGAGAUUAGUAUUUUCUUCAAUAGGUGGGCCUCAGAGUAAUCCUUGAGUUUGAGUUUAAGGAAGGUAGAUGAUUGUUUAGCAGAUAAUCGCGUAGUAGGGGUAUAGUUGGUAUGUUAUUUGAUUAUGUAAUGUCUUUUUUUUUAUUGAUAAACGUUUUCCAUGAUCUAUACCCAAAUUUGCUUUCUUCGUUAUUCUAUGCCAUUUUCAGCUUUCAUU